UCCGGUUUUUCCACUUGUUCUACUCUUCUUGGGAAAGUAAGCCGUGUCCGAUCCUUUUCAAGGACCUUGGCUUUCCUUUGGGGUCUUUCUGUUAACAAUUUAAAGAACCGAGAAGCCUCUUUUGAUCUCCCCUCAGGUGUUUCUCGAGCUAGCUCUCUCUCUCUAGAGGGGUUAUUUUGCGAUGGCCGCAUACGCUGUUGUGCCUCCUCUUACUGCUUUCACGUGGGUCGUCGUCUAGUUCUUGACCGUUUGACAAGCUGCUUCAAGAUCAUCUUCAGUUUGCAGUCGGCUUUUCUUGCCAUCUUGAGAAAAAAGGAAGAAAAAAAUUCAAGCUUUCUGGGUGCUUCGAAAAAACAGGGUUUCUAAUAUUACCUCCAGAUCCUUCGUGUUCCUCCUAUAGAGUUCGCAUCUGGGAGAAGUUUUAAGAGCCUUUAGGGGGUGCCGGCCUUUUGCUUUUCGGUUUCAGGAACUUGGAACGUUCAUGACUUGGGAGUGAACGGCGAACAAGAAUGGAGGAGUUUUACAGGCUCGACGCUUUGGUCCAGUGUUCAGAUGAUAUGGUUAGGGUAGAGAGCAUCGCUGGUGCUGCUAGCACUGCUGAUGCUGGUGACGACAAUGAUUUCCAAGGGUCCUUGAACGACUUGGUCCGGUCCGGGUCGGGUAGAUUCAUGGACUCCGGUGAAGGGUCCGAGAUGUCUGAACUGCUCAAGACCCAGAUUGCCACUCACCCUUUGUAUCCUCAACUUGUGUCUGCCUAUAUAGAAUGCCAAAAGGUUGGAGCACCUCCUGAACUAGCCACACUUCUUGAAGAGAUCGGCCGAGACCAAAAACACCGGACCGGUGCUUGCGCCGAAUUCGGAGUGGAUCCGGAACUUGAUGAGUUCAUGGGCGAGACAAUCUUGAUGGGUGUUUUCUUGAAGGAAUCCUACUGUGAGGUCCUUCACACAUACAAGGAGGAGCUGUCCAAGCCCUUUGAUGAGGCCACUAUCUUCUUGAACAGCAUCGAGUCACAACUUAGCAACCUUUGUAUAGAUGCUCCAACAGCUUUUCGUUCAGGGCAUUGCAUCUCAGAUGAAGCGGGCGGGAGUUCAGAAGAGGAGCUCAGCUGCGGGGAAGUGGAAGCACCGGAAGGUCAAGAAUAUUUGUUCGGAAUGCCUCCUUGCGACAAGAACCUGAAGGAGGUUCUCCUGCGCAAGUACAGCGGUUACCUCAGCAGUUUGAGGAAGGAGUUCUUGAAAAAGAGGAAAAACGGGAAGUUACCGAAGGAUGCGAGGAUGACACUGCUCAACUGGUGGAACUCCCACUAUCGAUGGCCAUAUCCGACGGAAGAGGAAAAAUUGAAACUAUCUGAAGUCACGGGGCUAGACCAAAAGCAAAUUAACAAUUGGUUUAUUAACCAGAGGAAGCGACAUUGGAAGCCAUCCGAAGACAUGAGAUUCGCCUUGAUGGAGGGCGUCAACAGUGGUAUUUGAGCGUCUACAUAUUUUGAUGCUGGAGGUGGAGGUCGACAGCGAUGUUUGAAAUUGAUCAGACGGAUUCUGGGUUGGAUUCAUGUUAUGUUCUUCCUCUCGACGAUGCCCACUCAUUCUUUGCCCGUGUAAGUUGUUUCUUGAUGUAUGUAAUCUCUUCGAACAUGCGACUCCUUAUAGUUAUAACUGUCUUACAUAUUUUAGCUCUGGUGUUCAAGUUCCAAGCGAAAUGAAAAGUCGGUACCUGUUUA